AUGGCCUAUUCAGUCCUCUUGCUCGGUGCAACAAGCAGGGUCGGCCGCAAAACAUUGAAAGAAUUGGCUCUUCACAGACAGCAUUUCUCUCGAGUGGCUUUUCUCCUUCCACCGUCUGACUCGGCCUACCAGAAGGAAAUCGAGUACGGCCGUACCACACUGGAAUGUAUUGUGGGAAGCCCUUCCGAUUCCAAGUCGUAUCAAGGCUUCCAGAUAGUCAUAUCGACUGUCGAAGAUGAUGUUUGCGCCAAACAAACCGAGUAUGCUGAGGCAGCCUUUGCUGGCGGAGUAAAACACCUGUAUUCCGCCGAAUAUGGCCCUGACCUCAACCAUCCUGCCAUUCGAGACGAGCUGUACUUUGUCGGCAAGAUCGUCACGCGCAAAUACAUCGAAGGGAAAAUGCAGGCUGACACCUCUCUCGGGUUCACAUGCGUCAUGACAGGCGCUCUCUCGGAUUUCCUUCUCGAAUCCAAUGUUCUGGGGCUGAGCGAAGAUCAAAGAUCAGUCGUCUACCUGGGACACCCGGACGCUCGAAUCUCAGUGACACAUAGCGACGACGUCGCCAAACUCAUCGUCGCGAGUCUUCUUCCGCACCACCUGUCCGACCUCAAUCUAAGGAGGUACCUGUGCUUUGCUGCGUCGACAAUACCGACCCUCUCCCUCUUCGACGCCAUUUCUUACGUCCUACGCCAUCCGAUAGACGUGACGUAUGAGGAGGGUCUCUAUGCGUCGUCGUACAAAACUGAGCAUUCUGAAAAAGCCAUGGUAGGCAACGACGUGCAGCAGAGCUUUCGACGUAGUGUGGGAUUUGGCGGAUUCGAGCUAAAAGAACAAGACAUUGCGCACUGGGGGGGAGAGUUCCGGCAUGAGGUCAAGGCGAAGACUUGGGCGCAGGUGGUGCAUGAAUUCUAUACGAGCUCGGACUGGCGAUCGGCACUGAUCAAAUGA